AUGCGCCACCUGGACGUCGCUGGUGGCACUGGCGACGUCGCCUUCAGAGUGCUGGCAGCCAUACAGGCAGCAGAGGCGGCAGAGCGCGCGCGGCCGCCGCCGCAGCAGCAGCAGCAGCAGCAGCAGCAGCAGCAGCAGCAGCAGCAGCAGCAGCAGCAGCAGCAGCAGGAGCAGGGGCCCGACGAAGCGGCCGGCGGCGGCCGCGUGACGGUGUGCGACAUCAACGGCAGCAUGCUGGAGGUCGGGCGGGCCAAGGCCGCGCGCCGCGGGCUGCUGGGGGCGUCAUCCUGGGUGCAGGGUGACGCGGAGGCGCUGCCGUUCCCCGAUGAGUCGUUCGACGCCUACACCAUCGCCUUUGGCAUCCGCAACGUGACGGAUCGCCCCGCGGCGCUGCGGGAGGCGCGGCGGGUGCUCAAGCGCGGGGGGCGGUUCCUGUGCCUGGAGUUCUCCCAGGUCACCCAGCCGCUGCUGCGCCAGGCGUACGACGCUUACUCAUUCGCGGUGAUACCCCGCAUCGGCCAGCUGGUGGCGGGUGACGCCGACAGCUACCAGUACCUGGUGGAGAGCAUACGGCAGUUCCCCGACCAGGUGAUCUCGUGA